AUGGGUAUCAUCGGCCGCGUCCUCAAAUUGACGACCACCGGAGGCGUUGCGACAAUCGGCGCGCAUUUAAUCUGGACUCGCAAUUCGCACGUCGAGCCUCUGCCGAGGACGGAUUACCUGUUUACGUCGCCGUGGUACAAGAAAUUUAACCCCAACGAGAACGCCGUGUUGCGUGACGAUUGCAUUCGAAAAGUCCCCUUGUCGCAGAUUGACCCCAAGUUGUUGGAGAAGAAGGGCAAGUUGGUCGAGCACUUCUGUGCUGGUGUUUGGGGUGGUCUAGGCUACGCUUACCAACGCCGUUACCUCGCCAAAAAAUACCAAGGACCCGAAACCGCACACCAGCUCUGGUCCACCAACGAACUCCUCUCAUCAACCUACGAAGUCGGCACCGAGAUCACCGAUCAUUUCCAAGUCGUCGAGAAGACAGAUAACAGAAUAGUGGUUCGCUGCGGCGAUUCGCCCUUGAAGCGCGAUGUUCGAGAAUCCGAUGGCCUCUUCGAAAUGUCCGUCGACGUCAAGGAGGACGAAGGCGUUGCUGAAUUUCAUCUGAAGUCUAUCUUUUUCAAUGGCUUGUCUGGAACAAAGGUUGAGGGUUCAAUUAUGCCAUGGCAUGUCGAGUUGUUGCACCGGGAAUAUGCCAAGAUUUGGAUGGAGAGUGCGCUGCGCAAUGUUUAUGCUUAG